AUGACUACCUUCGCGUCCGAGUGGCUGCUAGUCCCCGACCUUCACUCGGGGCCUCAUGACUUUAUUCAACUGGGGAAUAUCAUCCAGGACCCUGGCCAAACGUACGCAGUGCUGACGAGACUGUCUCCGGCCGAGCUGGAGGCCAAGUACCCCGCCAUUGCGGAGGAUAUGCCGGAGGGAUACUGGACGCAAAUGGUCACGCAGAUUGCGGGUCGCUUUGAGGCACGGUAUCAUGUUGAUGGCUUGUCGAGAACCCAGUUUGAAGGUCUACCCGCCGGGAGGGAAGUGCGAGCCCGUCUGGCCAACCCCGCUAUCCGCGCGAUCAUGCGGCACGAGUCCAGCUGGGACUCCUCCGGUAGGUGCAAGUUCUACAUGGUCACCGGCAUUCGGGCCGUCAAAGACUUGCAAAUCUACGGAUUGUAUCGAGGGGACGGCGAAGGUGGGGUGGACGCACGCUACCAGCCCCCCAUCGACGUGACUGUUGCCUAUCAACUGGCCGAAAUCGUGAUCAGCCAGACAGGAGGGUUUCAAGUCAGAUACUAUUCCUCUGCUCACCCGGAGGAGGAAGCCUUGUCUAGCACUUGGUGGAGAGAUGAGAGGUGGCUGGCUUUGCUUGUCUUCUUACUGGAGCUUGCCGAGUAG